UUGCUUUUCUAGAAAAGCUUUCAUUUAUUAAUUUAUUAUAAAAGUUGCCUGCUUUUAAUUAUUAGUUUGUUUUGUGUUUUCCUUGGGCAACGGAAUGCUGAUUCAUGUUAUUCUACGGUGAUUCAAACCCGAGUUUCUGUGUGCAAUUUCAUCUCGUAAAAAUUAUCAGUUUUGAAUCCGUGUUUCGUGAUAUUAUUCCAACAAUAUGUUAAAACGCCAUGCAAAAUCUAAAUCAAAAGGAUUAAUCUGUAAACCGUUAGCUUGCACUUCGAAUAAUAUCGAAAAACUUGUAGAAGGAGAAGUUAUUGUAAAUGAUUCGCCGGAUCUUUUCGAGAGCGAUGAUGGUAAAGCAGUAGUGCAGAAUGAAAAUAACGACUUGAUUGAGAUAUUCUCCAGUUGCGGUUUAUGCAUUACAGACGAGUCUUCGAAUAUAUUACGGAGUGAUCAAGCUGUAUUCGUUAGAACUCUAAGCUGCAAACUGUUAUCGGAAAGAAAUGUUCAGAAAUUUAUUGAAAGUUUUCAAGAAUACUAUUCAAAUGAGAAAGAUUUCCUCAAGUCAUUGUCACCUACUGUCACUUCGAGUGAAUGUGACGUUGCACGAGGAAAUACUCAAGAAAGUUUGAUUCGAUUAUUGCUGCAAAUAGAAGAUCUGCAAUGCCCUUUAGCCGAUUACUUACUAGACCGGUUGGGAGAAUUGGCCCUACGAGAUGAAGAAACAAAUAGCGACAUUUCUCCUAUCGCUUGGGUGAAAUUAAUCUUGCAACCGUUCAGGUAUCUGAAUAGUAUCGUGAAUUCAAAAAAAAUCUGCGAACGAUUAUUCGACAUCAUAUUUUCAUCCCCAGAUAAAAUGAUAAAACAAGAAGUCAUCGUAUGCUUGCCUGAUAUUAUUGCAGAUACUGAACAUCGUUUUGCAGCAAAUGAAUUAAGUAAAUUGUUACGAUGUGAACUGGACCUGAUGCCGUCAAUAUUGGACGCUCUAACCAACUUAUCUAUUCAAAGUGAAAUUCGAAGAGAGGUUGGCCGAAAUCUAAUGGACUCUUUGAAAAGUUGUACCAUCGAAUAUGUUCCAAAUGUGGUCAAAUUUUUACUUUUUGCAAGUGAUGCGCAAUCUUAUGACGAGGUGAUAAAUGGCUUGCGCGCUGAAUUACUUUCAUCAAACAAUUCGAGUUCGUCAUCGGAGGUGGUAGAUGAUGCAGAUAUCCCUAUUGAAAUUGAUACCGAAGGGAUCAAGAUAUUAAUAUUUAAUCAUAUCAGAAAUGCCUUUCUGGCUUGUAAACCUUUAGCUGAUGCUUGGCAUAAGAACAUUUCUCAGUCGAGCUCUUCUGUUAAAUACAGACCAUUGGAUAUGAUAGUCACGCUGAUCUUAUAUGACAUUUGUACAGACAGCGCGAAAAAAAGUAAAGUCGAAACGACUUUUAAAAGUCGUAUUAAAAAUGGCCAAUUUACCGUUGCCUUGAUCCGUGAAACUUUUGAACACUUUACACCAGUGUUGAAAGAGUACUUCCCUUCGUUAAUGUCGAUUCUAUCAAAAAUGUUGAAGUCUGUCGAUGCUACUCAAACAGAAUUCGUGACCACCUUUUACCUAUCGUGUUUUGAACAAGUGGAUCAACAGCUGUGCCGAUCGAUUAUUAAAGAAUUACUGGCCUACAUCGGGGCUGGCGAUAUGAAUGAUUCUCAGAUCGCACUGAAAAUUCUAUCUCAAAUUGCAGAUCAGCAUAAGGAAAAAAUACGUCCGCUGGCACUUUUAUUGAGAGUUUUGCUGAACAAAAUGGUAGAUUUACCUUUGAAUGAUAUCGAACAUUUAAUGGAUAUCGUUUGCGGAAUUGCUUUCAUUGACAGUUCUGAAGAAACGCCAGAUACUAAAACUCUCAAAAACGAUAUUACUUCACUGAUCGAGAAGUACAUUACAUCUUCGAAUUUAAAAUUGCUCAAAUGUGGAAUCGUCAGCGCCGUUAUGGCUAUAAAACAUGUUGCAAUGCAAUCUGACGAAGAGACCAAUCUUUGGCCCGAUAAAGCUUCCGAUGAUUUUGAUGAAAAUCAUCUGUCUCCGAGAGCAAGAAAAGCUUUACCAUUUCUACGCUUGAUUAUCGAUGGCACGAGAACUUUUCCAGAAGCUCAAGGUUUAGCAUUCGAUCAGUUCUCUUUGAUGUUGAUGAAAUGUAAAAGUUUGGAUAAAUCGCUUUUAUUUUACACCUCGAUGAUCAUGAAGGAGAACAUGAAGAAAUACUUCCUUAUAUGCAAUGAUGAAGUAAAAGACAUAGAUUUUGUGGAAUGUGCUUUGAAAUUUGGCCUAAACGAGGAUGAAGAAUUCGUCGUCUUGAAUCUCACACCGACACUGAUAGAGGAGCAAAAUUGCAACGCCAGUGCAGGAUUACGCAUGUACUCUAUGGUGCUGCCGUCGUUGUUGCGUUUAAUACGUGGAUUAGAAUACGAAGAUUUGCGUGAAAUUGACGGUUUGCUGGAAUGUCCAGUCGUAGUACCAGCACCCAAAGUACUGGACGAGUUUUCUUUACAAACGCCUCAAGUUCAAACCGUCAUAAUGGAUUCUUUAUUCCAUCUUGCCAAUUGGUUCCGGGAAAUAAUUAAUUGUUUCGCUCGUAUAAUCAAGUUACCAGCCGGUAAAAAGGUUUUGGUACGUCUACGUACGUUGGUCUGGCUACAAAAAUUAAUCGCUCAGUAUUUGCCACAAGUAAUCGCAACUGAUUAUUGCCCUCCUAAGUGUAACUUCCAUAAAACUACCUCAAAAAUUCCCGUAUUGGGAGCUGAUAAAAAGAAAAGAAAAUCUACCAACGGUGAUAAAAAAAGAAAACGAAAUAGCAGCAAGACACCGGAUAUUCGUAGACAUUUGGUAGCGCGAAAUACCACAGCUAGCGCUACUCAAAUCAACCCUACUCAGCAGUCAACCGUUGUUGAGGAAUCUGAAGAUGAAGCGGAUAAGAAUCAGCCUCCACAUGUCGCGAAUAUGAAAAAUUACAAGCAUUUUUUCAGAGAACUUGAUUUAGAUAUUUGGAUUAUGCUCACGUUACCUUUAACUUUGAAUCCUGAACCCGAACAGGAUUGGGAGUUCAAAGCGCAGUUCACUCCGUCCGAAUUACUGUUCAUUAUGGAAGACCUAGUAGAAAAAUUGCACUUCGUUUUGAUAUCUUGCAACAAGAGGUUACCUUUCAAGAAUGCGUCUGCUAAUUUGGAUAUUGGUGUCACGUGCAGCUCGUUGUACACCGAAGCGCCUGAAUUGAUUGUUAAAAAUAUGAUCAAACUGAUCCCACGUUUAUGUGCUCAUUUGGAAGCUGUUGCGCAAUUCUGCCAAAACUUAUUAUCGGCUAACGAUAGCGUUUUCGAUGCUUCCGGUAUGUUCGUUACAGAAAGCAAGGAAAUAAAAUCUUCGUUUGCUUUAAUUUUGAAAGCUGUAUCUGUCGUAUUCAGUUGGUCAGGUUUCGAAGAUGCGAACCACGAAGAAUUAUUUAUCGCCGCUCUUAGCAAGAUUGCCAAUAGGUUAGAAACAUCUGAAAAAUCGACUGAAAUCGAUGUCCUUGUGAAAGAAUGCUGUGUAUACUUUAGUGGUUUUCAAGAAUCCGUGUUACAUUUGGAAUGUGCUCUAAAUCUUGUGAACGUUAUCGAGGCAUUGCACAAACAUUCUGAGCAAAGAGAAAUCAGCAAAAUAUUAUCUACCAUGUGCUGGAAAUUUUUGUCGCAUCAUUGGUACACUUGGGACGGAUGCGAAGAAAAAGGAGCAACUUUCAAUCGUCAAAUCGAAUACCUACUCACGGCAUUUUUCAAUUUUACUAAUAAUAAAUUGAAAGCUGUUCAUUCAAUGUCUGACUGGUUGAAAGACGAAGUAACUACGCUGAAUAGUAAAGAUGCAUCUUUAACGACUCUACCGAACAUUAACAAAGCGAAUUGUAACGUAUUGCUACGAGUGUUGUUGAAAAUUCUAGCCAGUGCAACGAAACAAGCAUUAGAUCGAGAUACCGACCGUAAAGAAAAACUAAACGUCUGGCUAAAAGUAAUGAAUACGCUGGACUCGAUUGUUAACGUACUCAAAUGCCAGUACGUUCGAAUGAAUUUGAUAUGCUUCGUGAAAGGUGUUCCUUUAAUAUUACGAUUAUUUGUGAACCACGGUAUCGCAAUAUGCUCGCAAUUAUUCCGUUCUGAAAGUAGCUUGGUAACGCAAAUUUUGAAAACUUUACAAGUUACUACGCGAUAUUUACAGAAAAUAUGCGACAAUACCAAAUUGACUGAAGAUGGUGUUUUAUGUGCGUAUUUACCAAGCACGAGAUCGCUUUUGGAGUCGAUACUGUUGAAAGUGAAAAAUGUUAUGGUUUUCAACGGUUGCACAGAAGCAUUUUUCGUUGGCAGUAUGCGUAAUAAAGAUCUCCAAGGGCAAGAUAUACUAAGUCAGUCGACUGUCGAUGAAAAUUCCGAACCGAUGGAUAUCGACGUCAGUGUCAACGAAGCUCCUGAAGAUAUAGAUCCCGAGAACAACGUUCCGAGCGAUGAGGAGAACAACGCUGCAAGCGACGCAGAGCAUAGUGAGGAAAACGAAGUAGUUGAAAAUAGCGCAGGUGAAGACGAGUGAAGAAAACGCAUGAUUGAAAGAAGUUUAAGAAGUUAUGUUUUUCUUUGAUUAAAUUAUAUUAAUUGAUUUGGGUAGCUACAUCAGCGCAAUUACAUAAGUAUCAAUAUAGGAUCUCAAAUUCGGAUACAUAUAUUUUUUGUUCUUAUUUUUUCGUUUCCUGAACUCAUCGUGUUUUAGUCAUACGACCUGUCAUUUUGAAAUAUAUUUUCUUCGUGUUUUUUUACUCA